CUAUCUGUCUGUCUAUACAUAUACAUACAUCGCACCAUCACUUUUUCUCCUCACAUGCAUUCCCACACCACAUAAGAGUGAAUUUAAUUAAUUAUUAUAAGUAUAGUAUAUUAACGUACAUUUAACUAUAUAUUUUUAUUACAGAGUAUUAUAUUUAUAAUCUAAUUUAAUUAAGGUGUCAUAUAUUGGACCGUCGGAGCUAUGUAUGACACUCACCCUCACGGCGGCGACGUCAGGUUUACCCUCAUUGUGAUUGCGGCGGCGGCGGCGGCAUUAUUGCCGGCGGGUGCAGAGGCGGCUCGGGCGUUCUUCGUGUUCGGGGACUCGUUGGUGGACAAUGGGAACAACAACUACCUGGCCACCUCCGCCCGGGCGGACUCCCCGCCCUACGGCAUUGACUACCCCGACCACCGCCCCACCGGCCGCUUUUCCAAUGGCUACAACAUCCCUGAUUUUAUCAGCCAGGCAAUAGGUUCGGAACCGACGUUGCCGUACUUGGCCCCGGAGCUGACCGGCGAGCGGUUGCUGGUCGGUGCUAAUUUUGCUUCUGCCGGCAUCGGGAUUCUCAACGACACUGGCAUUCAGUUUGUGAACAUCAUAAGGAUCGGGCAACAGCUACAGUACUUCGAGCAAUACCAACGGCGGCUGGCCGCGGUGGUUGGGGCGGAGCAGGCGAAGAGCCGGGUGAACAAAGCGCUGGUCCUCAUCACUCUCGGCGGCAACGACUUCGUCAACAACUACUUCUUGGUCCCCGUCAGCGCCAGGAGGCUCCAGUUCACCAUCCCUAACUACUGCCGCUACCUCAUCUCCGAAUACCGAAAGAUCCUUACCAGGCUAUAUGAGCUCGGGGCACGAAGAGUGCUCGUGACAGGGACAGGUCCGUUGGGGUGCGUCCCAGCGGAGCUGGCCGAGAGAGGUAGGAACGGGCAGUGCGCGGACGAGCUCCAGGAAUCUGCCGCGAUCUUCAACCCGCUCCUCAUCCAGAUGAUCCAGGACCUGAACCAAGAGUUGGGGUCCACCGUGUUCGUCGCGGUGAACGCCCGGGAGAUGCAAAACGACUUCGUCCACAACCCGCGGGCGUACGGUUUCACCGAAUCGAAGGUGGCGUGCUGCGGGCAAGGACCCUACAACGGGAUCGGGCUUUGCACGGUGGCGUCGAACUUGUGCGCCGACAGAAACGCGUACGUGUUCUGGGACCCGUUCCACCCGUCAGAGAGGGCAAAUGGGAUCAUCGUCCGGUCCAUUCUCACUGGAACUGACAAGUACAUGAUACCAAUGAACCUGAGCACCAUUAUGGCCAUUGAUUCUUCUGAUGAGUAGCACCUCAGCUUCAUAAGCUUGAUCAGUCUUUGUUAAAAUCCUAAUAAUAAUAAUAAUAAUAAUAAUAAUAAUAUAUUUUCAUUAUUGGCAUUGAACGAUUCUUCUGAUCGAGUUUUUUAAAAAAAGUGUUAUCAUAUCACACUAUAGAGUUGUUAUUAAAACUCGAUCUCAAUCUCAGUUGUGUGAUUAUAUGUAUAAUUAAAUUGGUACGUAAUGUAUGUGUUGGCCUCUAAUUAAGGGCAACAAAUUAUAUACGGAGUAUAUGUAUUUAUAACCUGUGUUAAUAUGUAUAAUUCCAAGGGUGAAUGUUGUGCUUUUUUACAUGUUUUACUGAAGCAAGUAUCCUUACUUCCUAGUCUUAGGAAUAUAAUCCAACAAUUUUA